AAGCCUUCUGCUGUAGGCUUGGGAUUGUCGUCGCCGACAAGGAGCUCAAAAAACGUAUAUGGGCGCUUAGGUGAAGGAACGUCACCUUCGGGUCCCUUUCGUAACUGAACGUGGUACUGUACAUACAUGGUCGACUUUCGACAGUUGGCGUGCUCACUCCUCGGCUCUUUGCCCUUCCGACUAUCACCGCCAGGGUGCAACUACGGCUUCCAACAAGGUGCCUCGAAGUCAGUUGCUAUUGUUGGAGCAGGGAGCGGCGGACUGGCUAUGCUGAAAAACCUGUUGGAUCUACCGCUCGAGAUUCGCGAGGACUGGGAUAUAGUCCUCUACGAGCGACGCAGGGACGUCGGGGGAAUAUGGCUGCCAGAUCCGUCACCCCCUCCUCCGCCAAAGCUACCCGAAACACCACUGUAUCCUCUGCUACACGCUAAUAGUCCUGUUCCCAUCAUGACUUACCCCCGCUUUCCGUUCCCGCCUGGCACCCCUCUUUUUACCACACACGAAUACAUAGAACGCUAUCACCAGGAUUAUGCAACCCGUUAUGACCACUGGCCGUAUAUCAAGUUAAACCACACUGUGCUGUCAUCGUCAUGGGUAGGAACACCCCGUGCAGGGCAUUGGGAGGUCGUCGUUGAGGACCAUAGUGGUGACCGGAUACAAAGAUCAUUUGAUCAUCUCGUCGUUGCGGUUGGGAUUAACCUUCAGCCACAUAUAGCGGUAUUCCCUGGACAAGAAGCGUGGUUAGAGAACACCAAGGGUGGACUGCAGCGCGAAAUCCUGCAUUCGAUGUGGUACCGUGAUCCUGGUGGGUAUGUCAACCAGACCGUUGUAGUAGUGGGUGGAGGACCAAGUGGGGUCGACAUCUCGUCUCAAAUUUCCAACUACGCCUGCAAAGUUUAUCUUUCCGUUCGCAGUCCGCCAUGGAGAGUGCCAACGGGAUCUGUGGAAAUAAAGUCUGAGAUUUCACAUUUCACGUCAGAUGAUAUUGUCUUCAAGGGCGGGUCUACAGUGUCGGGCGUUAAUACGGUCAUAUUGGGUACAGGCUAUGAUCUACGCGUGCCCUUCCUAGAAGAGGGCGGAGAAGUGAUCGUGAAACCAGGGUCUAACGAGACGGACGGACGAAGGCUUACCAACAACUUGCGUUAUCUGUUCCCACUCCAUGAACAUAUAUUUUCCCUGUCGGCGUCUUACCCAACGAACGCACUAGCUUUCAUCGGCCUCCCGAAAAUGGCCUUCAGUCGUCCCUCGGAUACUGCACAGAGUAUCUACGUGACCUCGAUCAUUGCCAAUGGCAGCCUGCUCGCACCCCGCGCUGAAUUGCUGCGCGAGCUUGCAGACAACGAGGAAGACCUUCGGAGGAGAGGAUAUGAUCCAUAUUACAUCGGACACACUAUGCUCAACGGUUCCACAUUCGAUUAUCAAGACAACCUCAUUGACACCCUGCGAUCAAAGGGGGCAUUGCCGGAAUGGAAUAAUAGUUUCGCCGAGCCCUGGAGAAGAGAAAGCGCUGUUUACUACGCGAAGGGUACUCUAAAGCGCGGGUGGACGAGGUUGGAAGCACUUGGACUAGCAGAGGAAUGGUUAGAAGGGGUUGAGAGUGAGGAUGAGUGGGCUGAUCUUUUGAGACGAGUGAAUGCGUGGCAGACAGAUUGGGAAACGUCACACCAAUUGGUAUUUCCAGAUGACGCGCUCAUAUAUUGAUGAAUGAUAUGACAUUCUACCUUUUAGUAUCUGAUUAAAGAUGAUAAAAGUGUGAUGGGCGUGUUUAAGAGUGAAGAUGAGUGGGUUGAUCUUGUGAGAUG